AUGAAGUGGCUCGUAGUCCUGUCAGCCCUCGUGGCUUUCUCCGAAUGCCUCCACAGGAUUCCCUUGAUUAAGGGAAAGACUGCCAGGCAAGCUCUGCAGGAGAAGGGACUAUGGGAGAAGUACAGGAUGAUGUAUCCAUACAAACCCAUGGCCAAGUUCGACCAGAGCGGUAUUGAGUCCAUGACCAACGAUGCUGACUUGUCCUACUAUGGUGUGAUCUCCAUCGGUACCCCUCCUCAGUCCUUCAGCGUCAUCUUUGACACCGGCUCGUCCAACCUGUGGGUCCCUUCAGUCUACUGCUCCAGCCAGGCCUGCCAGAACCACAAUAAAUUCAACCCACAGCAGUCCAGCACCUUCAAAUGGGGCAGCGAGUCUCUGUCCAUUCAGUACGGCACCGGCAGCAUGACUGGACAUCUGGCCGUUGACACUGUUGAGGUGGGCGGCAUCUCCGUGGCCAACCAGGUGUUUGGAAUUAGCCAAACAGAGGCUCCCUUCAUGGCUAGCAUGGUGGCUGAUGGCAUCCUGGGAUUGGCCUUCCAGUCCAUUGCCUCUGACAACGUCGUGCCUGUCUUCGACAACAUGGUCAGUGAAGGACUGGUGUCUCAGCCCAUGUUCUCCGUCUACCUGAGCAGCCAGAGUGAACAGGGCAGUGAGGUGGUCUUCGGUGGUGUUGACAGCAGCCACUACACUGGACAAAUCACCUGGAUCCCUCUGACCUCUGCCACCUACUGGCAGAUCUCAAUGGACAGCGUUACCAUCAAUGGACAGACUGUGGCCUGCUCUGGUGGCUGCCAGGCCAUCAUUGACACUGGUACCUCCCUGAUCGUUGGCCCAACCAGUGACAUCAGCAACAUGAAUUCCUGGGUUGGAGCCUCAACCGACCAGUACGGAGAUGCUACAGUGAACUGCCAGAACAUCGGGAACAUGCCUGACGUCACCUUCACUCUUAACGGAAACGCCUUCACCAUCCCCGCAUCUGCCUACGUCUCUCAGACCUCCUACGGUUGCAACACUGGCUUUGGCCAGGGUGGCUCUGACCAGCUCUGGAUCCUGGGAGAUGUCUUCAUCAGGGAGUACUAUGCCGUCUUUGAUUCCCAGGCUCAGCAAAUUGGUCUGGCCACGUCUGCGUAG